AUGAUGAUGGUGGCGGAUCACGAUGAGGAUCGUGGGCUCAAGAACCACAUUGCCGGGUCGGGUCGCGACGGGCCGGACCUGGUCGCGGCCGUGGCCACCCUCGGGGCGGUCCAGAGGAGGAAGAGGAUGGCCAGGUUCAGGCGCCCUCGCGUCAGCUUCCUCCCUUUCCCCCGCGCCUCCGCCUCGCACGUGCCGCAUUGCCCCCCGCUCCUCCAGCCCCACCCACGUGAAUUUGAUCAACGGAGACUGAGGUUCCUCUUCCAAAAGGAACUCAAGAACAGUGAUGUGAGCUCCUUGAGAAGAAUGAUACUCCCAAAGAAAGCGGCGGAGACUCAUCUUCCCACACUCGAAUCCAAGGAGGGCAUUCCCGUAAACAUGUACGAUUUGGAUGGUCAGCACACAUGGAGUUUCAAAUACAGAUUUUGGCCUAAUAACAAUAGUCGGAUGUAUGUCCUUGAGAACACCGGGAAUUUUGUCACCACACAUGGGUUACAACUUGGAGACUUCAUCAUGGUGUACCAAGACUGUCAAAAUGACAACUAUGUGAUUCAGGCCAAAAAAGCUUCUGAAGAAGAUGUUUAUACGGAUAUCGCCAAGAGCACCAUCAGCGACUUGGCUCUUCAAGACCACUAUGAGAUGAACAAUAACAUCAACUCCUUCGAUGAGAGUUACCCUGCGAUCGAUCAAGACGUGGAGAUGUCAUUUGUCUACGACACCAGCUUCUCGAAUGACUCUCCGCUUGAUUUCUUGGGCGGAUCCAUGACCACCUAUGCCAGGAUUUCCCCACCGGAAAGCUUCGGUUCAGUCGACAACUUGUGCCUCGAUGACUUUUGUUGA